GAUUAGAUAGUGAUUGAAGGAACCACAUUGUUAUUCGAUAUCGAUAAUGAGUGAUAUCAAAAAUUACUUGAAGUGCACUCGUUUUUGUGACAAAGGAAUGUUUAUUUGCGCAAAAUGGAUAUGAAAAUAGUGUUGUUUGUGCUCGCUUGUGUUAUUGGGAAAACUGUUGGCCAACUACGAUGCUACGCCUGCAGUUUUUCAUCAGUAGACUCAAACCAGGAUUGUCUUACGAUAACCGAUGACACACCUACUGUUGACUGUCCACACACGUAUUGUACCAUUCUGAGGCAAGAAUUUGUGGAUCCUAUUGGUCAAGUUGCAAGUUUUUCUCGAAGUUGUGAGUCGCAGCCUGAUUUCCUGAAUCAUGAUAUAUCGGAUAAUACGUUCAGGACCUUUUACAGAGCUUGUACUACUGACCGUUGUAAUAUUGGUGAUGGUAUACAGUCGGUAGUCGGUGGCAAUUUAUCUCCAACACCAGAGUAUAACGGAAAGAAUCUGCUUGUUCCCGGUACAGGCAGCAGCGCAGCUAUAAAAAUGAGUGUUCUAUUAUUACUUGUAAGCAUUUUUGUUGGAACAAUAAUAUAAUUUUUUAAUCUUUUUUU